GACCACCUCCCACCAACAAGGGCAAAGCCGGCGGACAGCGGGGUGGUCGCGGCGGUGGUGGUGGUGGUGCAGGUGGACGAGGCCGCAGCAGGAGCCGGAGUCGCAGCCCCGGGGCGGACAACGACCGGGAGCGGGAGUGAGAUGAUGAACUGCUUUGAUUUUUUCCCCUUCUUUAUUCUUUUUUUGUUAUAUUGCGUGGCACAUCUGUGGCUUGAGACAACCUCUGAUGGAGUACUUUGGCUUUUAUCUUUCACGGUUGCCGACUUGAGGAUGGCGAUAUACUACUACCACUCUACAUAUGGCUAUGACAGAACUCUCGACCCAUACUGGGCGACGAACGACCAUGGCCGGCACGACCUAAGGACGAUGGGUCCUGGGAUGAUAUCCCGAGAUACUGUGCCGGCGCUGAAAUUCAUUAGCAAUACGAAGAUUCCAGACAGAAGAAAAUUGUUUUAAUUAGACGUCGAGUAUACUGGGCUCGUUGCUAGA